AUGGCAACCUCCAGCGUCAGCAGGGCUGAUAUUGGCGACGCUCUGAGCAAGGCUAGGACCUUGACAGCUCUACUUGAAGCGUACGAUGGAACCUCGGCGAGCCACCUGUCGCUGUUAAAACAUACCAACCACAUUCGUGCUGCGUUGGAAGAGCCGUACGACAUAGGUAUCCGGUGGCUAGACAACUUCAGCGCCGCUGCAGCUCUAUACGUUCUCAUCCAAAUCAAAGCCUUUGAGAAUAUUCCAGAGGAGGCAAGCGUAACCGCCACGGAACUUGUGGGCAAAUGUAAAGUCGACGUCUCGGUCAUCACUAGAGCUACGCGCGUCCUCGUGGUGAACGGCAUCUUCGACGAGGUCGGCUCUGAUGAAUAUAGCCAUAAUGAGCUCUCGCGGGCAUUUGCACCCACCCGGUUGGGAGGCUUCGUCUGCUUGCUAGGAGACUUCAUGGGGGUAUGGAGUGCAUUCCCCAACUACGUCAAGAGCCACAAGCCCGAGGAUUUAUACGACACCAAGAAGAGUCCGUUCGCUUAUUCCAGGGGCUACGAGCGCAAGUCGUGCUACGAGGUACUCAACUUGGAUCCUGAACGGCGCAUGCAAUUCAACGUCGCGAUGCAAUAUUUAAACAAAGACUUUCCAGUCUUAGACAUGUUUCCUUUUAGGGAGUUGGAGGACUUUGUUAGGAAAGAACCUGACCGGCCGUUCAUUGUGGAUGUUGGCGGGGGCCGAGGCCAAGCCCUGGUCGAGAUAAGAAAACAUUGCGGGGGUUCCUUUGGGGGAAAGCUCAUCUUGCAGGAUCUACCCAUCGUAAUCAACACUUUACGAGCAGAAGAUGUUCCCGGGAUCGAGCUGAUGGCCUACGACAUAUUCACACCGCAACCAGUCAAGAGUAAGCUUCCGCUGCAUGCAGUGCAUACAUACUUUGUCUGGAACUGCUGA